AUGGAAAUAUAGCAGUCUGCUUAUUAAUCAGUUUAAUCUUUUAGCUAUUAUGAGCAGCCAGUAUAAGAGACUAAAGUACCAGCUUUAGUAGGACUAUAGAACUAGGCAACUGCCCAUUAUCAAUACACCAAUAAUAGCGAUUUAUUUCCAAAUCCACAUGAGUAGAAGUCUAUUGAGGCUCAAAAGCUUAAUAUCUUGAAAAAUGUUGAGGAAUUUCAAUUAGCUCCCUUUCAAAGAAUGAUGAAUGAGGAUCAUUAGAAUGAGUAUAGAGAUUACCAUCACUAGCAUCAUUAAUCAAAUAAUCAAAAUCACAACUAUAACAACCACAUUGCUCCAUAACGAGCUCAAUCAGCUUUUGAUAUGAACUAGCCGAUACAUAGAAGAGUACAGAGCUAGGCUGUUAAUAAUUCCUAAAGUCCGAAUCGAUCAAUUGCUAAUGAUGGCUAUCCCCCAUACUCCAAAAAGAGCACGAUUAACCCAGAGGUAAAAUUUUUGCAAAAGAGAGUAGAUGAUGCUAUCAGUGCUUUCGAUAAAUAUAAAAACUCACAUUUUAAAAGGCUUGACACAGUGAAAUAGAGCAUUAAAAAGCAUGCUAAGUUUGUAGAAGAGAGCCAGCAAGUUUAACAGGAGAUAUAGUUAUUAAAAAAAGUAAGGAAAAUGACUAGGUAGAGUUAUCAAAAUAGAAUAAAAACUGGAGGAAGUCUGAUGGAUUUUUCUAUUUUCAAAGCACCGAAUCCUAAUGACUUUCUUCAUUUAGAUAAGCCUCAAAAAUCCUAUAAUUUUGGUCAUGAGGAAUCAAAUUAUACUACAAAUGAUAAGAGGCAUGUAAAUUUGGAUGAUAACGACAAAUUCAAGCAAUACUUUAAGCAUAUUCCUAAGUACCCGCUAAAGUCAAACUCAAUUAAGAGUUCAUCUAGAGUAACUCACCGUAUGUAAGCCGAGACUGCCCCUUAGACAAUUGUCAGAGAAAGUGUAUAGCAAGUUAAAGAGAAAAAAAGUUUAUCAAGAACCAAUGAUUUAAUUUCCAAAUCAAUUGAUCAAAAGCAGCUACUUAAGAUCAAUAUAGCAACUGUAAAAGCUGACUAAGAAAUUCUGAGAAAAGAUUAACUUAAAAGCAUGAUUUAUAGCUUACCCGUCAUCCUGGCUAAAAAUCCUCAUGAUAGGGAAUCAAUUGACUAUAAAUUUUAUCAAGCUACUAAUCAUAUUUACCACCAUGAGUAUGAUGAGGCUUUCGAAAUAUUUGAGCAAAUGCUUUUUGGCUAGAGUGUAAGUACCUAAUUUCAGCGAGAAAUGUGCGAUUUCAAUAAAGCUUUUUGCUGUUUCAAGUUGGGUCAAUUCGAAAAAGCUAUACUCAUUUGGGAAAGAGUAACGUUUUUCUCUUUGUAAAUUCUUAGCAAAUUUAACAUUUCUAUUGUGCAUAUCCUCAAUGAGAAUUAUUAAGAGGCUUUAGAAACCUUUAAUUUUGCUAUGUAGCAAUAGAUUCACGGAUUUAUGAAGAUAGACUGGAUACAUUUAGAUGACUACAAUAAAAAAGCAGUUUAAAUUUUCAAUUUACUUGAAAAAUAGCUAAAACCUAAGACAAUUUUGGGAGAUGAAUCAGAUACUGAACCUAAUUUGAAUGUUGUCAAAAUAUAGAAGAAACUCACUUCUAUUAGAAGCUAUUUUUAGGAUAUUAAAAAAUUAAUUCCUGCUAAGGAUUCGCAACUUAAUACAAUUAGAACAUAAGCAAAUAACAGAACAGCAUCAGUUACAAAUAUAGCCCCUAGUAAAUCAGUAUCCUCCUUAGCUCCUAGUAUUAAUUUUAAAAAGUAAAAAUCUAUCUCAAUUUCCUCUGACUAUGAUGCAUUCUCCUCUUAUCAAUCUCCAAAGAAGUCUUAGCUUGCCAAGGAUUUAGAUGCUAUUUAAAAAAAUGAAAUCCUCAUUCCUGACAAGAAAGAAUAUUUCCCUAUUCCUUUUGAAAAAACCAAACGUUAGACAACAUCAAAUUCAUCUAGAUAAUUGGAAAGGUAAUUGGAAAGGCAACAAAAGAUGAAGCAAGAUAGGUAAUAGAAAUUACUGUAAAAGUUAAUCAAUCCAAGUAUGGAUGAGCUGGGAGUAUAUUAGAAUUAGAGUGAGAAUCAACUUGAUGGUCAUCUAAACAGUGUGUCAUUUAUGUCGCAAUAAAACAUAGAGUAGCUUGUUUAUAAGUAAUAUCAGAAUUCAAGGAUCGAGGAGACGAUUACACAUAGUAAUAAUACCCAAACGAGAAGUAUAUAUUCGAGGCAUAAGCUUACUCGAAAGUAAUCUCAAUUAUUUUAAAGGAAGCAAACAAAAAAAGAUCUUGAAGUCAGAGAGUGCCUCAAUAUGGAUCUUAUAGAUGAGUAGAUAAAAGAACUUGAUUAAGUAUAAUACCCAACUGAAGUAUAAUAGUCAGAAUCUACAAUGUAAAUAGAAUAUGAUAACUAGGGGUUUGCAAUUAGAAGACCUCAUUUUAUUGACAAGGAACAUGAGAUAGAUAUAGAAAAGAUCUUAGGGCUGAAUAAAAAAGUAGAAUUGAAUGAAAAAGAAAAAGAUAUAUAAGAAAAAAGAAAAUAAAUUGAAAAAGAUUACAUGAUCGAUAAGGUAAUGAAUAACUUAGAGGCAGAUUAGAACUCAGAUGAUGGUGAUGAUGACUCCUUGACCAAGAGAAAUAAUAAUUUUUUAAUGGACAACUUCCUCAAAAUAUAUGAUAGAACUCCUAAUCACAAGAAUGAUGAGUCUGCAGAAAUGCCUAAAACGCUUCCUAAGCUAAACAUUAAGAAAGGACUAACAAGUAACCCUAAGUCAAAACAUAAUCAGUCAUAGUAAUCCCGUAAAAGUGGGAAUAAUGAUUCAAGAGCCUCUUAAAGAAGACGAAAUUCUUAGAAAAAUGUAAAGGUUAGGGGCGAGAAUCACACUGAUAGUGAAGAUGAGAGACGAGACGUUGUUUACAAGAAGAGACUUAGACUUACUGAGGUAGAUUAAGUCGUCAAUUUUAUAAAAGAUAGGGAAACUCUUUCGAUAAACGAUUAUAAAUUAAUCGACCCAUUCUUGAAAAAAUUAAGCUUUUUUGCUAAGUAUCCAGUAGAGAUUAGGAGAUAGUUAAUAAUGGAAUGUGAACUCAAUAUUACAAAAUGUGGGGAUAUAUUAUUUUACUAAGGCGACACCAGUCCUUAAUUUUAUGUUUUACUAAGAGGAUCAGUGAAGGCAAUAUUAAUAAAGAAGGACUACGGAAAUAUUCCAAUAAUAAUUAACACUUACUACGAUGGAAAAGAAUUUGGUGAAGUCAAUUUUUAUGAGGAAUCUGAAAAUCUUAAUUCUGAGAUGGUAGUCUAGCUUAACAAACAAAAAUAUACAUGCGAGGCAAUGGAAGAUAGUUACGUUAUUUGUUUGGAGAAAGAUAAAACAAAUAAAAUUAUCAAUUAGAAUUUGCAGGCAAAUUUUGAAAAGAGGAUUGACUUUUUGAAAUAGAUAGAAAUCUUCAAGGGUAUGGAGAUGCAUGUACUAUUGCCACUUGCGAAUAAUCUAAUAACAGAGACCUAUAGAUUGGGUGAAUAUAUAUUGAGAGAAGGAUAAUAACCAAAAGGUUUAUAUCUCAUCUUUAAGGGAUAAUGUAAAGUCGGAUCAGAGAAGUUAAACAUGCGAUCUAAGACACCAUUUAGCUUUGGGAAUAAAUUAAAGAAGCAGAUUAGAAAUUUCAAAUUCAAAGGUAACUUCCAUGACCUGGAAGAAAAAUUAAGUAGUGAUCAGAAGAAUUAAACAAGUGAUAGAAUUGAAACUAGGGAAUCAAAUAAUGAGCCUUUGAAUAUAGCAAAAAUAGGAAACGACAAGAUAAUGAGAAGUGAUAAGAGAGUUUUCUAAAAUGACAGAAUAUACUAUGAUGAGGCAGGCAAAAGGAUAAAAGACCAUAUAAUUUAUAAAGAUUAUGAUUACUUUGGAGGUAGAGUCUUACUUAUUGGAGACACUUAGAAUCAUAGAAUUAUGAACUUUGACUCUGACUAUGAUGGUGAACAGUCCUAAACUAGUUUUAUGAAGCAAUCAAAACUGGCAAUAACUGAAGAUUAAUCUCAUUUGUCUGUGAUAGCUGAUUCAUCAGAGGUUGAGUUACUUAUAAUGGACAGGACAUAGCUAAGUUUCUUUCAGGAAAAAGUGCAAAAAGAAAUAUAUCACAGAAUAGAGAAAGCAUUUUAACCUGAUUAGCCUUACGAGAGUGCUGUUGUAGAAAAAAUAAAAGAUAAAUUUAGAGAAUGGGAGAAGUACAAACUGGAGACCGUUAAUAGCAUACUCAAAUUUGUUGAUUCCUUCGAUCUCUUAAAAUUUUCAUAUAAAAUAGGCUAUACUAAAGAAGAGCAAGAAAACUGCCGUCAAAAAUGCAUUUAUGCUUCGCACUUUUAUACUUUGAUUAAACCUUUGAUACCUUUGCACAUUAAUUCUAAAACUUAUUGGAAAUUUAGUUGGAUUAUUUACUAUGAACCUUCUCAUCUCAGCUCUCCCCUAGACAUCAUACCAUUAUAUAGUCUGACCAGUUUUAGCACUUCCAAUAGAGACCCAGGAGUCUAGGGCAUUUCUUCUGUAUUAAGUGACACUUAAUUCCUUUGGAUAGAUCACUCUAGAAAUCCCCUUAGUUACAGUGUAAUCGAAGCAGUUUGGAUUAAAGACCACUGA